AUGUUUCAGUGUGAGGAUGAGGAGGAGGGAGGCACGGCCGCUCUGGGUGGGAGGACUGGAGCAGGAUGUAAGGAGCAGAGUCGAGCUGAAGUCUCAGUGAUGAUGAAGACUAAACGGAGACGACACGUUUCUGUCCUUCUACCCAACAAGCAGCACCUGGACUGUUCUGUCAGCGUGAGAGCCAGGGGUCAGGAGGUCAUGAACUCUGUGCUGCGUCAGCUCGGUGUCAGUGAUCUCCAAGUGUUUGGUCUCGGUGUCCUCAGAGAUAAUGAAUAUCUCUUUCUUGAUUUGACAAAAAAAUUGAGCAAAUACUUCAACAAAAGAUGGAACAGAGGAUAUUUAAGGGUCCCGUUCAUCUUGUUUUUGAGAAUCCAGUUCUACGUGGGAAGUGGGCUGCUAAUACUGAGCAGCAAAGUGCAGCAGCUCUACUUCACAGAGCUGAGGCAGAAAGUGCUGUGUUCACAGAGCUACCAUCAGGAAGCUCUGCUCUUCCAGCUGGCAGCUUCGGCGCUCCAAGCUGAAGUCGGAGAUCAGGAACUGAGAGAAGAGGCGGACAACGAAGGAAGAGAAGCGGAACAGGAAAGAAAACAUUACUUCCUUCCAGAAGAUUACUUCCCCUUUUGGCUGAUUAAACGCAGAGGCAGGGACUACCUGCUCCGACACAGUCCGACUUUGCACAGCGAGCUGAGAGGUUUGUCUCAGAGCCGGGCCGUCCUUCAGUUUAUUAAAGAGUCCAGCAGGCUGCAGGAUGGAGCUGUGACCUUCUACAGGAUGAAACAGGACAAAAAGGAGAAGAGAAGUUCAAUCCUUCUUGGUGUGGCAGGAACCGGAGUUCAUGUUUAUCUGGAUAUGGAAGGAAAGCACUGUGCCAUGUUUGAUUUUUCCUGGCCUGAUAUUGACCACCUAACUUUCCAGGGCUGCAGGUUUGAAAUUGGUGUUGUUGCUUCUCUGGGCCUCCCUAAGCUGGUGUACUACACUCGUUCUGCCGUCCACUCAGAACACAUCCUGAGGCACCUCAGAAACACCCACCAGUUCCACAUCAGCACCAGGGCUGCAGCUGGAUGCAUCCAACAGCUGGAAGACUUGCAAGCCUCCCACUUCCACAAAGAGGCCUACAUAUGUGACGUGGCAGGGUUAAGACAGAGUCUCAGCUGCUCUUACCUCACAUCCUCCACGUCUGACUGCAGUGCUGCAGUGGAAACUGUCACAGUCUGGACCGAAGAAGAGGAGGAGGGCUCAUCAACAGGUCAGCUGAAAGGAGAAAAUAUUUUUUAG